CUAGUUACUACAUCUCAGUCUUUAGUGAAACCCUCUUCUUUUCGAUCAACCUUGCUAAGGGAGUUUCAACUUACAGUAAACAGGUAUCAGAUCAAAGAGCAGUACCAUGAGCAAUGAUCCRGCUGUUAAAGACGACGAAGAUAGUGGCUUGGCGAUUACUAAUGUCAUCUUCAAUAAAAUCGGAAACUUUGGUGUUUACCAAAAACUGUUAUUUGCUUUCAUUAUCUACACAUUCCUCAGUUGGUCAUGCCUCGCAGAUGCCAGUAUUUUUCUGCUGUCAGCAGAGCCGGCUUGGGAAUGUGUAAAGAACAGCACAAUGUGCAAUGUAACUGGAGCGAUAUUUCCUGGUCAACCGAGCUACGACUUCAGGUGCGGAAUACCUCGUAAAGAGUGGAAGUUUGUGGAUGAAUACACUUCGCUUAUCACACAGUUCGAUCUUGUGUGCGAUAAAGCAGCUUAUGGUCCAAACCUAGUGRUAAUCGAUUCAUUUGGUGGAGUUGUUGGCGCCUUCACUGCAGGAUUGAUAUCAGAUAAGCUGGGAAGAAAAAAGGCCUUAUUUUUAUGUGGACUCAUAGGAGUAACAACAUUGUUUCUUCUGAGAUUUUCGCCGGUGUAUGAAAUGGCUGCAGUUCUGCUCUUCUUCCAAUCACUUGGGAUAUUUGGAAUUCUUGCAUGUGGACUAACUAUUCUCUUGGAAAGUGUUGGCAUCAAGGAGCGUCCUCUCGUAGGAAACGGUGUUUGGGUUUCGUUUGGAUUUGGUUUCAUGAUUUUUUCAGGUGUUGGAUAUCUUAUACGUGACUGGAAAAACUUCAUGAUGACUCUGUCUUUUGUCGGAAUGCCUGGCUUACUGCUGUACUGGUUUGUACCAGAAUCUCUUCGAUGGCUCGUUGUCAAGGGAAGAUURCAAGAAGCUCGUCAGACAUUACAACGUAUCGGCAAGAUUAACGGUAGAUACAUUGAAACUGACWUWAUUCUACCKGAAUACAAAGCAGAAAAAAAGUCUCUUGGAGACGUUAGACUUCUGUUCAGUAAAGGAUAUGUUUCUUAUACGCUGGUUCUUUGGUACAACAACUUUGCGAAUUCCAUGAUUUAUAACAGUCUACAUUUAAUCGCACCAAAUCUCGGAGGGAGUCUAUACUUCAGCUGGUUUUUGGCAGGAAUUGGCGAGAUUGUUGGGACUUUGGUGGCUAUAUUUGUUCAUACAAGCKCUUCUAAUUUACGUUAUGCGUGUUCAAUGUGGGAUGGCAAGAGUGCAUUGUACAGUGAUUCGCGCAUGAUCAGAUUUCUUGUUGGUAAAAUUWUCUUUACGAUGUUACUGGCGAAGUGUUUUAUUACGACAGCUUACAGUGGAGUGGGAUUGAUCGUUGGUGAGAUAUAUCCAACAACUGUCAGAAAUGUUGCCCAAGGAGCAUCGAUGACUAUUGGAUGCAUUGGCUUUGCCAUCAGUGGCUAUGUUACCUUUCUGGUUCGUGUCCAUUAUAUUUUACCAUAUGCAAUCAUGGCAGUAAACGCGCUUGUUGCAGCGUCGCUGUGUCUAAUCUUCCUKAAGGAGACAAAGCACAUACCCAUACCUGAUGUGUUUGCUAAGGACAAGAGCUGCUACGAUAAYAAGGCAUUCACGAUUUCGGGUAACGAAGGUGUGGGUAACAUGGUCUGCACCACGUCGGACGAAACAUCAGCUAGUAAGAAGUCACGUGAUCAGACAAAGAGUGAGCAGUGKCGACAGAUGACGUACUUGUAAUGUCAAAAAAGUUGAUUUUUUGUUUUUUUAACAUUUUCUUAUUAAAUUUUAAA